GCGGCGGGGGCGCAAGGAGAGCGCUCCGGCCGCAGUAGCUCCGCUGGUCCCCAUUAGCUGACAUGUUCCCCAAUGGCACUGCCUCCUCUCCUUCCUCUCCUAGCCCCAGCCCGGGCAGCUGCGGCGAAGGCGGCGGCAGCAGGGGCCCCGGGGCCGGCGCCGCGAGUGGCAUGGAGGAGCCGGGGCGAAAUGCGUCCCAGAACGGGACCUUGAGCGAGGGCCAGGGCAGCGCCAUCCUCAUCUCUUUUAUCUACUCCGUGGUGUGCCUGGUGGGACUGUGUGGUAACUCCAUGGUCAUCUACGUGAUCCUGCGCUACGCCAAAAUGAAGACGGCCACCAACAUCUACAUCCUGAACCUGGCCAUUGCCGAUGAGCUGCUCAUGCUCAGUGUGCCAUUCCUGGUCACCUCCACGUUGCUUCGCCACUGGCCCUUCGGCGCGCUGCUCUGCCGCCUCGUGCUCAGCGUGGACGCAGUCAACAUGUUCACCAGCAUCUACUGUCUGACUGUCCUUAGCGUGGACCGGUACGUGGCUGUGGUGCACCCCAUCAAGGCAGCACGCUACCGCCGGCCCACCGUGGCCAAGGUGGUGAAUCUGGGCGUGUGGGUGCUGUCGCUGCUUGUCAUUCUACCCAUCGUGGUCUUCUCGCGCACGGCGGCCAACAGCGAUGGCACGGUGGCCUGCAACAUGCUCAUGCCCGAGCCCGCUCAGCGCUGGCUAGUGGGCUUCGUGUUGUACACGUUUCUCAUGGGCUUCUUGCUGCCCGUCGGGGCCAUCUGUCUGUGCUACGUGCUCAUCAUCGCCAAAAUGCGCAUGGUGGCCCUCAAGGCCGGCUGGCAGCAGCGCAAGCGCUCGGAGCGCAAGAUCACCCUGAUGGUGAUGAUGGUGGUGAUGGUGUUUGUCAUCUGCUGGAUGCCUUUCUAUGUAGUGCAGCUGGUCAACGUGUUCGCGGAGCAGGACGACGCCACGGUUAGCCAGCUGUCGGUCAUCCUCGGCUACGCCAACAGCUGCGCCAAUCCCAUCCUCUACGGCUUCCUUUCGGACAACUUCAAGCGCUCUUUCCAGCGCAUCCUGUGCCUCAGCUGGAUGGACAACGCCGCCGAGGAGCCUGUCGACUACUACGCCACGGCCCUCAAGAGCCGCGCGUACAGCGUGGAGGACUUCCAGCCGGAGAACCUGGAGUCUGGAGGCGGUGUCUUCCGUAAUGGCACCUGUGCAGAUCAUGAACUCAUACGCGUCGCCACCUCUGCCUGACCCGCAGCCCGGCCAGCCGUUAUUUUUGUUUAAGGGGAGCCACAGUCACAGCCUCGGGUUUCCCACGGGUUGAGUCCCCAGCUCGCCCUCAGCCCCGCCCCGCCGCGCCCCUCCGCUAGCCGGAUUCCGCCUGGUGCCCCUAGCGGAGUCUGGAGAAUCACCGCUCUCCGUUUGCGCAGCCCAGUUUGAAGGCAAGUAGGACUCGAGAAUGAACUAGCCAGUAGGUCUUUUGCUUCCACUCUCGGGUGAGGUGGUGCCCUUUCCCGAACCCCUUCGGCACUCCCGCUCCACCCAGGGCGGAGCCAGGUGCUUAGUAAAAUCGGUCCCGAGCUUCGAACGCCGGGCAUUCUGCAGUCCCCAUCCAAACCCCACCUGGGGCAAAAAGGAACUGAGGACCAGAGACCCAGGAGUUCUGAGAAGAUUCCAGGGUUUGGCGGGGGAGGGACUGUAAUGGAAAUCGCCCUCUUUUCCGGCUCACGACCGGCGCUUUUGAUUUCAAAGACCAAGUGCGGGGCAGUCCCGGGACGCUGCUGGCCUGCGUUAGGCCGGGCAAGGCAGGGCGCACUUUCCGCGAGGCCGCCCGGGAGUCGAGGCUGCUGGAGCUACGCUAAGAUUUCUCCCUCACCUAAGCUUCUGGAGGUGCAGAUGUAGCAUUCUGCAACCACAAACUCUGUUUCCUGCCCGGGUUUAUUUCGAACACCAGGCACCGGGGCCAGGACCUCGGUGGAGCCUUCUGAGCCUCGGCCGCUCCCGACCGCGUUGCUGCCGCCCGCAGGCUAAAGCCUGCCUGGCCCCUGAAGGUUGUUGCCUUUCAAGCGGUGCCUAAUAAGUUAUUUUCUCGAUUAACAUAUUUAUUUAUUUAUUUAUUUGUGGUGUUUGAAAACGUGACUCUGCUUUGCUUUUCUCUAUUUACCUAGCCCAGGGCCUUUUCUUCAGGACACUGAGGGUGGGGCUGGAGGUGACGGUGGGGGUAAGCUCUCUCCUCAAGGCCCCCUCAGAACCUGUCCUCUUUGUUGGGCCCUCUCUUCUUACCUUCUAUUUUUGCUUGUGUUCAGUGAAGUUUGGAGGUUCUUUUAUCUUAUUCUUACAUAGUGUCUUGUUUUGUUUUAUAAUAAUCAUCAUGGUAAUAAAUAAAUGGUAAGUGGGUUAGCCUCCUCCCAUGCAGAGUGGAAUGUCCCGAGUUCCUUUCAACAUCACCCUAUACAUGACUUUAUUUCUGUUUUCUACAUAUUGCGUAUAUUUAUCUUGCUCCAUUGUCAUGAGUCCUUGAAACAAUUGCCAAAUACAGCCACCAGCAGUGAGAGAUGUGAGGCUGCCAGGAGCACUUUCAGACAUAGGUGUUCAAGCGGCACUCAGGUCUGGAGCUCAGAAAUCUGAUUCAGACAGAUUUUAAUCAGUGUUGAGAAUGUCCCUGGUUAAUGCCUCUGCUUCUUCUAAGUUCCAGCACAGGUGACUCUAACAUACAUUCUGGCUAACAUUGUCCCUUCUUUCAAACACAUUGAAAGUAGAGUAGUUCGUCUCUGUGUUUAAUCUUACCAACUACAUUGGAAGCCUGAGCAGGGCAAGGACCACUAAUUUUACUUCUUUGUAUUUCCUGUGUUGCUUUUGGUAUGCUGGCAUGUACAUAGUAGGCACUAAAUACAUGUUUGUUGAUUGAUUGUUUAAGUAAGCCAGAGUGUUUUACAACCAUUGGGCGAUACUAAAUCUGGGGCUGUCAUGGACAUGAUACACAAUGGUUGAAAUCACUAUGGAAAAAAAAAAGUUGUUUUGUGUAAUAUUUGCUUCAAGAACAUUGUGCUUUCCUGAAAGCAGUAACGAGGAGUUAAAAGGUCUCUAAUGUUUUGUUUAAACUAAUGAACAAAUGUAUGCUUUCGGUUAUACAUCAUAAAGUUUAGACCUGUCCCUUAAUAAUAUAUAUUACUACUCUUUUGGAAAAUGGAUUUUUAAUGGUUAAGAACAAUGAAAUUUACAAACCUAAAUCUUGAUCAUUAUCCUCUUUAGAGGAUACAAAUCUAGUGCUCUUAACAUGUUACCAUUGUAAUAUUAAUGAAAUAAACAAAUGUAUUAUGUUGUUGCAA